CCUUUUUUUCACAUGAUAUAUACCAUAUUAUAACUAACUCUCACACACAUCUUUCAUUCUUAUCUUGACUACAUUUAUAUAUAUCCUUUCUUAUAACUGAAGCUAGCCAUAUGGUGGUGAUAAGUGAAGAAAUUGAUCCUUAUGGCGCGGAAGCCGAAGGAACUGAAGAGGUAACAGAAACUGAAACAGAAAGUGUGGACUAUGAGGAGCUGAAGAAACGUAUGUGGAAGGAUAAGAUCCUUUUACAAAAGCUCAAAGAAAAACAAGAGAACAACACUGAACCUGAGCAACAAGCAAAACAAGAAGCAUCAAGAAGGAAAAAGAUGUCAAGAGCACAAGAUUCAGUACUCAAAUACAUGGCAAAGAUCAUGGAUGUAUGCAAAGCCAAAGGUUUUGUCUAUGGAAUCAUCCCUGAAAAGGGUAAACCGGUAUCAGGUUCGUCUGAUAGUUUACGCGAAUGGUGGAAAGAUCAAAUCCGUUUUGAUCAAAGCGCGCCACUCGCGGUUGCAAAAUACUUACCACUCCUUCGAGAAGACGAACAUUUUAAUACUAUAAUGGCUGACCCAAAUUCUUACAUACAUCUCCUCCAAGAUUUACAAGAUUCAACUCUUGGUUCGCUUCUUUCUGCUUUAAUGCAACAUUGUGUGCCACCACAGAGGAGGUUUCCACUCGAGAGGGGAAUUUCUCCUCCCUGGUGGCCCACAGGAUCAGAAAAUUGGUGGGGUGAACAAGGUUUGUUGGCCCAAGAACAAGGCCCACCACCUUAUAAGAAACCACAUGACCUUAAAAAGGCAUGGAAAGUUUCUGUUUUGGCUGGUGUUAUAAAACAUAUGUCACCUGAUUUGGAGAAAUUAAGGAAGUUGGUUACUCAGUCAAAAACUUUGCAAGAUAAGAUGACCGCAAGAGAUAGUGCUACUUGGUCUAAAGUUAUGAAUCAAGAAGAAGCUUUGCUUGGAGUUACUGAUAAAUGCCAUAAAUUGACUAUUUCAGAGGAAGGUGAAAGCUCUGGCGGUAGUAGUAGCAGUAGUAGUAAUAACAGAAGCGAGAAAAGAAAGUUUGUUUUUGAUGUUGGUGGUGAUGAUGUAGAGGGUCCACAGAGUAAGUUACCUAUGGCUAUGAGUUUAACACACCGUGUUCCUAAGUUGCUUGAUUGUGAUGCAAGAAUUGAAAAUGUUGAUGAUUGGUUGAAAAUGGGAGAGAUUGAAGGUGGGAAAUUUGGAUGGGAUGUUGAACAUUGGCUGAAUGAUGUGGAUGAUCAUGAAUUCGAAGCGGCACUCGAAAUGGUGAAAGGUAAUAACAACAUGGAUUUUACUCAAAAUCAAGAGCAUAAUCUACAUGGUCAGGAGGAAGAAAAAUCUAUUUGGGACUUUAGAUAUCAAUAUCCAUCGCAAGACUAAAUAGAAUGUUCAAUGCAGUUAAUUAACUAUACUAUAGUAUUAGUAUCCCCUGUCACGACUUUGAUUUGUUGUAAUGCUUUAGAUUUACUAACUUUAGCUAUAUCUAUUUACCAUAUUUUCAGAUAUGUCUUAAUUCUUACCAUAUUUGAAUUGUUACUGAUAAUAAAUAUAGGAGACACAAUACCACACUGUGGAGUGUUUUCUUCUUUAA